AUGACUUCAUCAUCUCCACAAGAAUCCUUUGAUGGAGGUCCAUCUAUAGUAGAAUUAUUUUAUUCAGCAAAGAAAUUAUUAUCAUUACAACCUCGAGUAGAAAAUCGUCAGUUACGUAAACAAAAUUCAAAAUCUCAAUUAAAUCAUAUGGUAUUUGAACAACAGCAAAUGGAUACUACUGAUUCUUCACCAUCUUUAGGAAAGCAUGAUAAAGUUCUUGACUUAUUGAGUCCACUUUCUAUAGAUGAUUUGAAAAAUUCUCCUUAUAUUCCAUCUACAAAAUCUAAUACAACAACUAUAACUACUACUACCAAUACAAUCACGAAGUCAUCUCCAUUAAAAUCUAAUACCAAUAAUACCAAUAAUACUACAGGCUAUAGAAAAAUUAGUACUAAUAAUGUUCAAAUAAAUACUCCAGCAUCUAUUAAUGAUGAUUCAUCUCCAAAUUCUAUGGCUACUUCUUCUCAAUCUAGCUCAAGACACAAUAGCGAUACAAACACCAAUGCCUCAUCCAGCUCUUCAUUAACUUCUAAAUCACAACCUUCAACCACCACCAAUACUACUAAAUCUAAUUUAACAUCAUCAUUAACUAAGCUUAAGACUGAAAGUACUGAAUCUACGUCCAAUAGUAAUAAUAAUAGUAAUAAUAGCAAUAAUAAUACUAGUAAUAAUAACAAUAAUAGAACUGAAUGUUAUAAUUGUCAUACAUUGAAUACCCCCCUUUGGAGAAAAGAUCAUCUCGGGAAUACCCUUUGUAAUGCUUGUGGAUUAUUUUUCAAAUUACAUGGAACAACUCGUCCAUUAAGUUUAAAGACUGAUGUGAUUAAAAAGAGAUCAUCUCGUAGAUCUUCAUCAGCCAUAACACCAUCAAAUUCUCAACAACAAUCUCAUCAACAACAACCUUCAAUUCUUCCUGCUAAUGCGGCUUAUAUGCAUGCUUCAAGUUCUUUACCAAAUAAUGUAUUUAACAAUAAUAAUCGAGUCAAAUUUAAUUCUAAUUAUAAUGGAGGUGGUAUACCAAUAAUGAAAUCAAAUACAAUGCAAACCCCUAAUAAUAAUGGAAAUAAUUCAUAUAUUUCAAGUUCUUCAUCAUCAGCUAGACAUAAAAAUGUUUUAAUUUUACCUAAACCAAUGAGUCAAACUAAUUUAACUCAAAAAUCAAUACCGAUUCCUGCAAAUUCACAAUCAACAUCAUACUCUUCAUCUUCAACCACUUCUUCAAAUAUGAAUAGUCCAGCAUCUCCAUAUUCAAAAUUAAUAUUACCAUCAUCAUCUAAUUCUAAUUAUUAUGGAAGUAUUAAUAAUAAUAGUAAUAAUAAUCAACAAUUUAAGAGAAAGAAGUCUGAUAUUAAUUUAGUAGAAAAUUAUUAUGGAGAUAAUUCUUCAUUUAAUAGAAGAAUUUCAAUUUCUAAUAAUAAUAGUUUUACUAAUAGUUUAAAUUUUGCGAAGAGAAAUUCCGUUAAUACUCCAACUUCAACUAAUUUUAAUACUAAUAAUAUUAAUAUUAAUAAUAAUCCUAUUUCUACAUCAUUUCAAUCCUCCUCAUUACAUCGUAAACCAUCGGUAAUUAAUAUCAAUAAUGCUAACAAUAACACUAACAUCAUCAAUAACAAUAACAAUAUUAAUAAUAUGAAUAGUUCCAAAUCUCGAGGUAGAAGUGAUAGUAUAACUCCAUCUAACUCCCUCACUUAUUCUAACAUAAAUCUUCUCAAUCAACGAUUCAAUACUAUGAGUUCAAGUUCAUAUUUUGAUCAUCCUUCGUUAUCCAGACAUAACUCCACCACAUCUACAUUUCUUAUGAAUAAUAAUAAUAAUAAUAAUAAUAAUGCAUUUACUGGGGCUGGUGAUUCACCUAUGAGACAUGCUUCUACAAGUUCAUUUUCUAAAAUGAGAAUUAAUAGUACAAUUAUAGAUGAUGAUGCUGAUGCUGAAUCCAUUAGUAUACCGCCUACUCCAAUGAAUGUUAUGGAUUUAUUACCUAGUAGUGUGAGUAAGAAUGUUAAUGUUAAUGUUAAUUCCAGUGGAAUAAAGAGGAAUUUCAAUCAUCAUGAAGAUGAUGAUCAACUUGUAGAUUUAAGUGUGGGAGAUGAAGAUGAUAUGAUGAUGGAUGUUGAUGCAGGAGCUUUAAAGAGUAAUAAUAUUAUUAACAAUAAUGAUAUUAUUAAUAAUAUUAAUAAUGCACUGUAUUUUGCAACUCAAUCAAAACAACAACCACCAAUCGCACAACCAUCGGUAAAGUCCAGCUUAACUGAUGGAUUAAAAAAGAGUCAACCAGCACAGGCUCAAGCUCAAGCUCCAAGACAAUCUCAAGAGACCAUAAAGGAUCUUGAUUGGUUAAAGUUUGAGAUAUAA